AUGGAUCCCCACGCAGCUCUCGAGCUGCUGGAGUACUUGCGCAUAUGCUAUCCGAUCUUCCUCCUCCUCCUUUUUGCUGUGGCUUUCAUAGCCAACGCGAUGGUCGCCGCGAGAAGAUCUACCAGCCAGGAAUCUGUACGCAUGGGUCCCGGUGGACGACCAUUACCCAAGCGCCAUCGUAAUGCAACUCCAGCGCCGAUAGCAAAGGAAUUCUCGCCGACAGCCAAGCGAUUCUUCAAUUGGCUAUCGGUGGGUGUGCUCGUCACCUUUUUGAUAGAUGCGACGAUCUUCAUCCUCCAUGUCAUGCAAGCUCGGUCUGAGCACUGGUGGCGGGGCCAGUCUGCAGUCAUUUACAUUGUCGGCUCCUUCUUUUUCUACGCCGUCUUGUUGAUGACUUUGCUCGACACAAGUCCGUCUCCCACCGCUGCCCAAUUUGUGUGCUGGCUCGCCGCUAUUCCCCUCGAACUGGUUCUCCUCAGCACAGCUCUUUCUCUGUAUACAUCGCCUCACCACGAACCGGUUGUUGGUGAUCCCGAAGGCGGCACGCUCCGCCAGAGCAUUACACCCUGGGAACACGCUGAAAUCGCGUCGAACAGUCUCCGGGUGCUGAUUUUGAUGGCUCUUACUGCUCUUUAUAUCAGUAAAAGCAUCUCCUGGAAAAGUCGAAAGGGCAAGCAGGCGUGCAGGGAGAACGGCGACGUCAGCGAGUCCACUGGACUUCUUGAUGCGGCAGCCGCGGAGAAUGGACAUGGAAACACCAACGGCCAUAUGUACGGUGCGACCAAUGGCUCGGCAGGUUCUGAUGCUGCCAAACCAAAGCCCGAUCCCUGGGUUCGCCCAACGACGAUACCUUCCACGAGCUGGUGGGAGUACCUGAGCGGCUACUCACUCUUUUUCCCCUACCUAUGGCCGUCCAAAUCCCGCCGAUUGCAAAUCGUCGUGGUCAUCUGCUUCCUGCUGCUUGUUGCUCAAAGAGUCGUGAACGUCUUGGUCCCGAGCAAGGUGGGCGACAUCAUCAAUAUUCUGGCCGAUGAGGAAGGGAAGGGUUUCCGCGUCCCUUGGUUUGAAAUCCUCAUAUUUCCAUUUGGGAAGAAGACGGGAGAAGUUCUGUCUGCCUUGAGCAAGGGUAGCUCUAUCAACACGUUCCUGGAGCAGGUGACGUUCCAAGUAGUCCCCAUGCUGGUGGAUCUUGUCAUCGCCUUUGGCUAUUUCCUCAUCGAGUUCGACGCCUACUAUGCGCUCGUGGUGGGCAUUUCAACCUUUGGGUAUCUCUACGUCACGGUUCGAAUGGCGCAGUGGCGUGCUGAAAUUCGAAGAACCAUGGUCAACGCAUCUCGCCAGGAAGACGCCGUCAAGAACGAUUCGAUGGUCUCCUACGAGACGGUCAAAUAUUUCAACGCCGAACAGUAUGAGUUCCAGCGUUACCGAGACGCCGUGAGCGAGUUCCAGAAGGCGGAGUACCACGUUCUCAUCUCCCUCACGCUCCUCAACACGUGCCAGAAUACGGUCUUCAUGUUGGGUCUGCUCCUCACCUGCUUCAUUGCAGCAUACCAAGUCUCCAUCGGACAGCGGCCCGUUGGUCGAUUUGUGACAUUGUUAUUCUACAUGGCGCAACUUCAAGGGCCAUUGAACUUUUUCGGCACCUUUUAUCGUUCCAUUCAAUCGGCGCUGAUCAACGCCGAGCGGAUGCUCGAACUGUUCCGCGAACAGCCCACAGUGGUAGACAGCCCCAAUGCGACCGCCUUACCCACAUGUCAGGGGGACAUCAAAUUCCAAGAUGUCGAUUUCUCAUACGAUAAUCGGAAGCCAGCCUUGAAUGGAUUGACUUUCCACUGCGCACCUGGCACUACGACCGCUUUGGUGGGCGAAUCUGGAGGUGGCAAGUCCACCGUCUUCCGGCUGCUCUUCCGAUUCUACAAUGCCGAAAAGGGGUGUCUUAGCAUUGAUGGCCGCGACGUGCAAGACAUCACGAUCGACUCAUUACGAAGCCAUAUUGGCGUGGUGCCCCAGGACACUGUUCUCUUCAACGAGACGCUCAUGUAUAACCUCAAAUACGCAAAUCAGGCUGCCACUGAUGAGGAGGUGUACGAUGCUUGCCGGGCAGCCAGUAUUCAUGACAAGAUUCUGGCCUUCCCGGACGGCUACAAUACAAAGGUUGGCGAGCGCGGUCUUCGCUUGAGUGGCGGUGAGAAGCAGCGGGUGGCAAUCGCUCGCACCAUCCUCAAGAACCCGCGCAUCAUCCUCUUGGAUGAGGCCACAGCUGCUCUGGAUACAGACACCGAGGAACAUAUCCAGCGGGCUCUUUCAACCUUGUCACAGGGGCGUACUAUGCUUGUGAUUGCCCAUCGUCUCAGCACCAUCACAACGGCCGACCGGAUUCUUGUCUUGGCCGAUGGUCAAGUCGCUGAGAGCGGGACCCACGAGGAGUUAUUGGCUAUGAAGGGCCGUUAUGCGAGCAUGUGGCGCAAGCAAAUUCGAGCGCAAAAAGCCGCAAUCGAAGUGAGACAUCUGGAAGAUCGCAUCUGCAACGCCAGCGAUGAUAGCUCCAGCCAGUCUGAUGAAGAUCGCAACCGAAACCGUCGCUCGGCACAAUAA